AUGUACGAUGUGUGUGAAGUCAAGGUAAUGAAUUUAAGUGAUAAAGAAGUUGAGUGCAGUCACAAAUUUAUUCAUGAUAGUAGUACAGGAAAUAUGAGCAGUUAUCUUCAAAGUAAGCAUGACAUAUAUGAAAAUCAGAAUAAGGUUUGA